AUGUUCACGACCAGCAUCAGCGACGGGGACCUUGACUACAUGCUCGCUUGCAGCCCGGCUCUGGAGAAGCUCGCGUUCGUACUCAGCUGUACGCCCGAUCUCAUCCACCUACGGAGCAGAAGCCUCCGGUGCGUGCUCCUCUGGAUUUUCUUGGCGGACGAGGUUGCCGUGGUGGAUGCCCCGCUCCUGGAGCGGCUCUUCUUGCUGGAAGCGCCCCGUGGAGAAGGUGCUGAGAGUACUAUGAUGAUCAAGAUUGCUCAUGCGCCCAAGCUGCAGGUGCUCGGCUUCUUGGAGCCAGGAUUUCACCGGCUGCAGAUCGGCGACAAUGUCAUUGAGCCUGGCACAAAGCCGAGCCCAAGCACAGUGCUUCCAAGCGUCAAGAUAUUGGCAUUUAAAGUUAAUUUUGGUGUCAUAGAGGAUGUCAAGAUGCUGGUGGCCUACCUCAGAUGCUUUCCCAACAUUGAGACGCUGCACAUCGAGUCUUUAACUGAACCCACUGGAAGGAACCAUGCCAAGUUCUGGCAGGAGCUCCCUACUAUUGAAUGCAUCAAGUCCCACGUCAAGAAGAUGGUUAUCCAUGAAUACAGAGGGAACAAAGUUGAACUUGAAUUCCUCAAGUUCAUCUCCACGAGAGCGCAAGAGCUCCAAGCUUUGUAUGUUCUGCUAAACAGAGAGAGUCUUACUUCGGUGGCCAAGGCGGAAAAGAUGACAAGCAAAUUGGUGGCUCUCUCGGGUGUUCCAUGGGGCUGUGAUUGUAAGAUGAUGGUGCUAGGCCCUAAAUAUCAGAAUGAAUGGAGCAUCCAGAAAGCAUCUGAUCUUACCGUCGACGACCCUUUUUUCCAUUGGUGAGUUUGUGGCUGGCUAUAUAUUUGCAUGAACCAAAGCGUUUCUGGGGGAAUCAUUUGCUGUUCUACAUAUGCAAGGGCACUGUUUAGUUUGUAGGCAAGGGUAUGUAUGUUCUUGACAAAGAACAUGAAGACUUCAACUAGAGCACGAGUACGCGUGGAAGUGUUGAUCUGGCUGUGCUAUGCUUCAUUCAGAAUGGACCGUAUUAUGUAAUGCCCCUAUGUUUGUUCCUAAUGUAGUAAAAGACUAGUAUCAGGAUGCCAAACGCUGGCGCUUUUAUUUCUGCUAUAUAUAUUUCGUAGCAGCCUAUUUAUUAGGUGUUGCUUGGUAAGCCAGCUAACUUUGUUGGAUCAAGUAUAUAGUGUAUAUGUUCUUUACUC